CCAGCCAGCGAUACUCAUGGCGGCUGCACCAGUCAAACAGCGCUCGGGAACGAGGGCUCAGCUCCCGCCCUGCUACUACGAAGGAUACCUGGAAAAACGGGGACCGAAAGAAAAGAUCUCUCGGCGGCUGUGGACCUGUCUGUGUGGGAACACCCUCUUCUUCUUUAAUAAUGCCAAGGACACUCACUAUGUGGAGAAGAUGGAUCUCAGUGGCUUUGUCUCACUCAAAGACGACUGCAGCCGAGACAGAAACCUGGAGGCAGCUAGACUCAUACUGCGCAUGAAGGAUGGAGAGACAAAACUCACAGUUGCCAAUCUAGAGGCUCGAGAGCUGUGGAAGGGUUUCCUCCAAUCUGUCGUAGAUCUGAGUGUUCCCAGCUGUCUGACGUUGCUGCCGGGGCAGGUGCAGAUGCUGAGAGAGGUGGUGGACCGAGAAAGGAACAGACGCAGAGCAGCACGCACCCCCACCCGCGCUCCCCCCUCACCCCUAUCAGUACCUCUAUUGGGGGAGAUCCCAUCGUGUUUCCGGCCUGUGUCGAGGACUGAGGCAGAAGUUCUGUUAGAGAGACAUCCAGACUGUGGCAACAUGCUGCUGAGGCCCGGCAGAGACGGAUCUUCAUUGGCUGUCACCACCCGCCAGGAUCUCAACGGGUCAGUGUUCAGACACUAUCGUGUGACUCAGAGAGAGCAGGGAGGAUAUGUGAUAGACGUUGAGAACCCAAUUCCCUGUGCUACGCUUCAUGAUGUCAUCGAUGCGCUGGUGGAGAAGACAGCAGGAACCCUACAGCCCUUUCUUCUGGAGGAACCUUAUGAGGAGAACAUCACGUUUGUUUCGUCCAAUGAAGAGAAUGGAGAGAGAAUAUUACACUGUGCCCCUUCCAGCCCACUACCCAAAGCCCCCGCCCUACCCCCCAAACAAGGUACCCAGAAAUCCUACACCACACACACACACACAAACAAACACACACACAUACUAACUGUUUGUCCUGGUGUAGAGCGAUGGAAACCCCUACCCAGGUCUCCUGCUCCCGACCGCCGUAUCCUGUCAGCUGUGACAUCACCAGUACCGUCAUCUCCCAGCAGCCCAAUGAGACGGCUUGUUCUCUCCCCCUCCCCCCUCCUUGCACAAAGCCUCACAGAGGAGCUCAAAAUGAAACUGGAGAAGAGACGGACCAGUCAGGAGUGACUUCCGGUAAUUGCUCAGCCAACUAGCGGUCAAAACUCUUCCACCACCAGCAGCUUUCUUCUCUUCCUGUGCCUUCUGAUUGGUGCACUACAGAAUAGGUGCACAACUCUGGUCCUCAUGGAUCACAGUCCUACUGUACCUUUCAAAGUGUUUCCCACCAUGUUUGGGUAACGCACCUUAUCCACCUGAGUUGUGUUCAGCAGCCUAAAAUUGCAGCCUCAAAACCGUUUUCAAGAAGGGAUAACCAGUGGGGUUGAGCAUUAGAUGAGCACACAAAUACAAAGGACCAAUGACUGAGCCUGUUACUCCAUUGUUCCGAUUGAGCCAAUGUCUGUUGUCCUGCUGCUGAUGUAUCUGACGCCACACUGGAGACUAGAAAGAGUGACACCAGAAGCUUGAGAAACCAGACUAAAGACUAGAGCGGUAGUCACCAACCCUGGUCCUGGAGCGCUACUGGGUGUGUGUGCAGGCUUUUGUUCAAACCCAACACUAACACCUGGAUCAACGAAUUAAAGUCUUGAUAAAUGAAAUCAUGUGUGUUAUUGCUGGGCUGGAACAAAAGCAUGCACACCUUGAGCCUCUACAUCACUACACACCUUCCAGGUCCUGGGUUAAUGACCACUGGAUGAGAGAUAAACAUGUCUAGUUGUUCUCGUGCAUCUAGAAUGCCAAUGCUCUAAUCUAUUGUAUUAUGUUGGUGCAAUGAUGGUAUGGUGCUCCACUUGACUAAACCUUCUCUACUGUGUGUGUCGUUGCUACAACUCACGUAAAACCUUAUUUUCUAUUGUGUGUGUGUGUGUGUGUGUGUGUGUGUGUGUGUGUGUGUGUGUGUGUGUGUGUGUGUGUGUGUGUGUGUGUGCUAGGCCUAGGCUACUGUUAGCCGACUAUACUCAACUAAACUCCAUGAUUUACGAUGGAGUUGAGCGGCGACUAGUGUGGGCAGACUGGAGCUCCGACAUCACGAAAAUGUAGUUUUUUAUCAAAAACAAUUGAUUUUAGCACCCAAGGAAGAGCCGCAAUUACACAGAACAAUGUUGUGUGUAAAUGCGGGCUAUUCUUUGGGUGCUGAAAUCAGUAGAUCUGGAUAAGAACGUAAUUUGAUGUGAUGUCGGAGCUCCAGUCCGCCCACACUAGUCGCCACUCGACUUAAUUUUAAAUCGUGGAGUUGAGUUUAAUCGGCUAGGCUACUGUGUGAUGCUAUGACCUACUGGUGCUAGGACACUUUUUACUCCUCAAAGGUUCUUUGUCCCGUCGCAACAAAGAACAAAGUAUGAAAGUAUUGUAAUUUAGGCUUACUGUACACCAUUGAUUUCAUUUGCUCCUCUUGUUCUUUGGUGUUGUGGGCUGGUACACAAGCACAAUUCAGUGGAACUCAAACCCUGUGGUCAUUGGCUGAUUUGUUCGGAGGGAGUGCAUCCUCUAUUGGACUUUCAGAACUACAUUGUACACUGUGCAUUGUCUUGUACAAUUCUCUUCUAUGUCCUGGGUGUUGGUCAGUGUUGUUUAAGAGAAACAUCAGUGGUAUUUAUGAGAUGUCCUAUUCAAGGAUAUUAAAUAAAUGGUUUGCAUG